GAACGACAUGGAUGAUGGAAAUUGUAUGGCAAAUUUACAACAACGCGAAAAUCAACGAGACGCGAAUCGAUCAAAAAGUGCAAUUUCUCGACACUCUUUGCAUGAACCCACACUCAGCCAAUCAGCUCACGGUAGAWGACGUCAACGAGGCAUUUGAAAGUCUUCCUUCGCCGCGAUUGGUCAAAACUCAUCUGCACUAUGAGCAUGUUCCAAAUGGGAACACGGACGAGGAUCGGCCUAAGAUUAUUCUUGUAGUCCGYAAUCCCAAGGAUUGUGCYGUUUCGUACUUUCAUCAUUACAAGGGCCUUGGUAUAUUGGAGUGCGACUGCGAUUGGCAGGAGUUUUUUGAGUUGUUUUUGGAUGGGAAGUUGGUUGGUGGAAGCUGGUUUGACUACAUGCUUGGAUGGUGGAAGCAUCGACAAGAUGACAACGUUCUCGUCGUCAAGUACGAGGACAUGAAGAGAGAUUCCCUCACUACAAUCGCAAGAAUCGCUUCAUUUGUCAACAAAGACUUGGAUCCCACCACACUUCAGAGCAUUGCCGACCAGACUACAUUUCAAGCCAUGCGCACUAGACCAGCCUUUGACCACAAGUGGUUYGGGAUAAAACCUGGAGACUUUCACUUUAUCAGAAAAGGGCARAUAGGAGAUUGGAAAAACUACUUUACCAAGGAACAAAACACACGCUUUGAAGAGUUUUUUCAUGCGAAGAUGAAAAAUAGUGGSCUGACACUUGAUUACCUUUCCUGAGCUGCAAGUCAGUAAAUUCAGCGGCAUCUCUUAACAAUUUUAACGCCAGCACUCAAUUGUCACAGCGGUAGUUGUUGCUUAGAUACCAUACAUGUAGUAAUCAAUAGCAAGCGUACGUACAUCAAAAAAAAAAUUGUGCCUUGUUCAUUUACUCUUUGUAUUAAAAAUUUUCAUAUAAAAUA